AAAAGGAUCUCAUUUGUGAAGCUUUUGGACUUGGAGAUGGAGCUGCAGACUCGACUCCUGGACUCCACCUUGAUCCACUUUGAUGUAAACCGGAUGGAUUUUCCGCCCAAGCAGCAGGUGGAUGACAGUCAAUCCAGCGACACAUCCUGGAGCCCAGAGCACACGGACGAUCAUCUGAUGAUCGGCCCGGUUGGCCGAGAAGGAGGCGCCGGGUCCGGCAGGUCCAAGCGGAGGAGGAUCGUUACGGUGGUCCAGCGCCAGGCGGCCAACGUACGGGAGAGGAAGCGCAUGUUUAGUCUGAACGAGGCAUUCGAUGCGCUCAGGAAGAAAGUUCCCACCUUUGCCUAUGAGAAGAGACUCUCCCGCAUCGAGACGCUGCGGCUAGCCAUCGUCUACAUCUCCUUCAUGAAGGAUCUUUUGGAGAACACUUGAUGCCGACUUCAAUUGGCGCAUGAUUGCGAUAUUUUAGAUCUUAGAAGUCAACCGCCUUGGAUUGCUUGAAAAGUUCUUAGUCGCAAGAAUUGAUCAAAUAGACCAAAUGAUUCAAAUAUUUUUAGUUUCAAUGAGCUUUUUGUUUCAAGUGCAGUUUAAAUGGUCACACUCCGCUCACAAUACUAGGUACACCUGCAUAUUGAUGCAAUCGGAAAAUAAAAAGAUAUUGCUCAUAAUAUUGAUCAUUUUG